AUCAUCCUGGAUGCUAAGUGAAGUCGUCUCUUGCAGUGAACGAAGAGCUCAAAAUAUACGUUCUGUUUUCUUUUUCUUGUAUCUUUCGAAGGUGCGAUGAUGUUCCCAAGUGUUCUUGCGCCACCUGCGAUGUAUCCAAAUCUUUUGCGGCCUGCGCUGACUUUGCCACAGUCUUUGCACUCUGCGUUCACCACGCACUCCAGCUUUCUGGUGGAGGACCUGUUGAGGAUCAGCCGACCGGCAAGUUACGUCCAUAGGACAAUUCCUUCCCCAAGCGCAUCUCCUCCUUCAACGGGAACCAUAACAGCUGCAGCGGACCAUGUCUCCAUCUCCACAUGUAUGUCUAAAAGAACCGCUUCGCCACAAACCUCAUUGCCAUGCAGCGACCCCAACUACUUGAAGUUUGGGGUUAAUGCCAUCUUGGCCCCAUCAACACGCAACGCAUCAUCUCCACACUCUGUGACCGACUUCCACCUGAAAAACCUCCCCUUUUCAUAUUUCGAUGGGUCGUUUCAACCGUUCAUCAGGGCAUCUUAUUUUCCAGCAUCAUCUGCAGUGGUACCUAUCCCUGGAACAUUCUCCUGGCCCCUUGCAGCGAGGGGGAAACCAAGACGAGGAAUGCUGCGGCGGGCUGUGUUCUCUGAUGUUCAACGCAAAGCACUAGAGAAGAUGUUUCAAAAACAGAAGUAUAUCAGCAAACCUGAUAGAAAGAAGCUCGCUUCAAAACUUGCAUUAAAGGAUUCCCAGGUAAAAAUUUGGUUCCAAAACCGAAGAAUGAAAUGGCGCAACUCUAAAGAGCGCGAACUUCUUUCGUCUGGAGGAUGCAGAGAGCAAACAUUGCCGACAAAAAUGAAUCCGAACCCAGAUCUCAGUGACGUGGGGACAGGUAAAAAGUCAUGCGAGGACGAACUGGAGGCUUUCAGAGGAGAAUCACUGCAUCAAACAUACUGCCACUCACACCAAACGCACCAACUUUUUAACAGCAUAGAAUCCAACCCAAUGUCACCGGACAGCUCAAGCAAACAUUCAGAUUUCUCAGAAUCCGAAGAUGAGGAGAUAACAGUGUCUUAAUUUUGUACACAAGUCAUACAUUAUUUUUAUAGCCCACGCAACGUAUUUACAAAAUGUUGUAUAUGUUGAUAUUAUUGCAAAAGAGGAUGUCUGCUUUACAAUAACAUUGCAACACGUCUGCCCAACAUCCCUAUUUUCUGGGAUAGUAUUUGGCAUGGAAUUAACUGAAUGUUACUUGUAAGGUAUAUGCCUCUUUCCUACACCUUGCUGUGUUUUGGCAGCCAAUGACCUUUGUAUAUUGAUUUGUGUUAAUGUUUGUCUGUUUAUAAGCAAACACCAAGAGUGUUAUAAUCAUGAUGCUAUUGAAGUAGACUAAAUGCAUUUAAUCAAAGAUACGUAGAGAUGUAAAUUAAAUACCUAUAUUUUGUAAACUGUGUUUUAUGAAAAUGUAUAUACUUUAUACUUCAAAUAUGUAAUAUUUUCUACAAAUUAAAAUGUCAGAAGAACUAUAAACGAAUCACUGCUUUCACUGACUACAUAAU